AUGCGAAAGGGAGCAGGCAUCUCGGGCCUGACGCGGCACACGGCCGCCACGUCGUCGUACAACGCGCUCUCAACGGCGUUGACCGCCCAGCAAGUGGGCCACCUCGAGACGUCGCUCGCCUCGUUCCGCGAUGCGCUCGUCACUUUUGCAGCGCAGCACCGCGCCGACAUCCGCAAGGAUCCGGCGCUGCGGCACCAGUUCCAGAAGAUGUGCGCUGCGAUCGGGGUCGACCCGCUCGCCGGCUCGUCGGGCCGCGGCGCGUGGUGGUCCGAGCAGCUCGGUCUCGGCGAGUGGAGCUGCGAGCUCGCGCUGCAGGUUGUCGACGUGUGCGUGUCGACGCGCGAGCGCAACGGCGGGAUCAUCGAGAUGAGCGAGCUCAUCGCGCGCGUCGAGCGCAUGCGCGGCGGCGCAGCCGCCGACAAGAUCACCGAGGACGACAUCCGCCGCGCGGUCGACCUCCUCGCGCCCCUGCACGCCGGGUACACGCUGCACAGCGCCGGCGGGACGACGUUUGUCCGCUCCGUUCCCCGCGAGCUGGAUACCGACCAGAGCAUGCUCCUCGUCCUGGCGUCGGAUACGGGCGGCGCGCUGACCGAGGCCGACGUGCGCGAGCGCACUGGCUGGCCCCAGGUCCGCGCGAGGACGGCCCUCGACGAUUGCGUCAUGCGCGAGGGGCUCGGCUGGGUCGACGAGCAGGCCAGCCAGCGGACAGUGUAUCUCAUUGCUGCGGUCGACUUUGCCGAUGUGUAG